GUUGCUUGUGCGCACCCACAAAAGUUCCCUAGACUCGCGCCCCGCCGCCACCCUACAACAACGCAAUGGCCGCAGAGGCAGCUCUGACCGAGGCCAGCAACAAGCUGGUCGACGCGCUCGUCGUGCGCCUGCGCCGCCGCCAGAUUGUCGGCUCGCGAAACGUCGCGCUCGCGACCGCGGCGCUCAUCCAAAACAUUGUCCGCAGCGUCAAGUACACGACCAUCGACGAGCUCCUCUCCAUCAUCCGCAGCGUCGGCCGGCGCCUCGUCGAGGCCAACCCCAAGGAGCUGGCCGCCGGCAACAUUGUGCGCCGUAUCACGCGGCUCAUCCGCGAAGAGUACCGCGCCGCUGCUGCCGCGCGCCUGUCCCAGCCGCCCAGCAUCCCCGGCACACCAUAUGUCGGGCCGGGCACGCCGGGGUUCGUCACCCCCCCAACGCAGUACUUUAGCAUUGCGACGGCCGCCAACGCCGCCGCCGCCGGCCGCACCGGCACGUCGUCGGGCCACGCGAGCGGCAGCAUACCCUCCACGCCGGUGAUCACGCGCCAGGCGAGCCUGUCCAACUUUGUCGCCAUGCGUCACUCGCGCGUGCAACUCGAGCGCUCGGGCCUGGAGCGCCAGGGCUCGGUGCUCGACUUUAGCGCGAGCACCAACAGCCUGUUUGCUACCCCGCCAGGCCACCGCGGGAGCCGCUCUGGCCCGCUCGACGUGGACGAGUGGGAGGCGCAGCAGGCGCGCGAGAACGCCGAGUUUGCGCGCCAGGCCGGCAAGCUCAAGCCCGUCCUCAUUCAGGCCAUUGACGAGGUCAUCAACGAGCUCGAGACGACACACGAGGACGUGGCCAGGGGAGCAAAGGAGCACAUCCACUCGUCCGAGGUGAUUCUUACCCUUGGCCACUCGCGCACCGUCGAGGCGUUCCUCAAGCAGGCGUUUAGAGACAGAAAGUUUACAGUCAUUGUGCUCGAGUCGGCGCCCAGCUUCCUCGGCCAGGCAAUGGCAGGCAACCUGGCCACGGCUGGUAUUCCGACGAUUCUUAUUCCCGAUGCGUCUCUCCACGCCAUCAUGCCCAGAGUGACAAAGGUCAUUCUCGGCGCGCACUCGGUCUCGGCGAACGGCGGCCUCUUCGCGCUCGCCGGCUCGCUUGCCGCCGUCCUCGCUGCCAAGACGCACGCAAAGCCCGUCGUCGUCACCACGGGCCAGUUCAAGUUUGCCCCAGUGUGGAACCUGUACCACGAGUACGACGCGCUCGACUUCCAGGGCCCUGGCCCCGUCAUCGGCUACGACCACACGGGCGGCGGCGGCGGCUUUGAGGGCGUCGAGGUGACCGACCCACACUACGACUACAUCCGCCCCGAGCUCAUCAACCUGUACGCGACUAAUGUCGGCGACCACCCCCCGUCCUACAUCUACCGCAUCAUCAAGGAGGCGUACGACGACGAGGAUAUUGAGCUGUAA